AUGUUCAUAACAUUACGCCUUAUGUUACUAUUAACAAUAUCAAUAUUUCUUUCACUCUCAACAAAUACUAGCCAAAUGGUAUAUCCAAAAGGAAACAACAACAAUAAUGUUAAGGAAGCAUGUAGUGUCACAAGGUACAAAAACCUAUGCAUCCACACACUAGCACAAUUCUCUAACGUAGGAAGAACCCCGAGCCAAUGGGCGCGUGCGGGCGUAUCCGUUACAAUAAGCGAAGUUAAGAAUGUUCAAGCAUAUCUUACGAAGUUAAAGAGGAGUGCGAACAUGAAAGGAAGAAACAAAGUCGCGCUUUCAGAUUGUAUAGAAACUUUUGGCGAUGCACUUGAUGAGCUUCAUAAAUCACUUGAUGUGCUUAGAAGGUUAAACAAAAAGACUUUUAGCACACAAAUGGGAGAUCUUAAUACAUGGAUUAGUUCAGCACUUACUGAUGAAGAUACUUGUCUUGAUGGAUUUGAAGGUAAGAAUGAAAGGCAAAUUAAAUUGCUGCAAAAUAAGGUUCAGAAUGUUUCUUAUAUAACAAGUAACGCUCUUGCUCUUGUUAACAAACUUGCUUCUACAGGUUUUGAAAGUAUUAUUAUUGAUCCAUAG